CUAAGAUCCAAAUAGACUACGGUCAAUCCAGGGCAUGACUUUAGGCUGGUCUUAGGGUUCAAACCCUUGCUAAAUUGUCGCCGAACUGCGCGACGCGCACAUUUGCGCUGCGAGGAUGUCAAAUACAAGCGCUUGCACCCAGCAUGAUGCUAAAAUGCAGUCUAGUGUACAUUGCUCGGCGCAUAACAGUUGCCCGAAUUGCGCAUCUAGAGAUGCGCACAGCAAAUCGGCAACCUUACGCUACGCUGCUGUAUCCAUAUCCUGCUUCGCCACCUUCCUUAUAACAUGGAUGCUGCUCACAGGUCCAAUGCCUCGCGACCCGCCCUCCACCUUCCACGUCCCCACCCAAAUCGAGUACUGCCAGGCCUACCUCGGCGGCGACCUGCACCUCGACCCCCUCCCUCCCUCCUUCCCACCCGACACCACCACCAGCACAACCACCACCAGCAGUUCUAGCACUCCCCACAGCACCACCGGCGGUCUGAGUCUCAUCCUGACAGCGGAUCCGGGCGACUUCUCCGGCACCCCCGAGGCACAGCACAUCAUCUCCAACCUGCGGCACAUGCGGCAGGUGGCGCGGACCCGCUCCGUGUGCGGCGGGCUGUACCUGGGGCGGCUGAUGGGGCAGCAGGCGCUGGUGGUGACGACGGGCAUCGGCCCCACCGCCGCGGGUCUGUGCCUGCAAGAGCUGCUCACCUCCUGCGGGGCCGCCGUACGCGAGGUGCUGUACUUCGGCACCUCGGGCUGGUCGCCGCAGCUGGGCGGGGUGCUCAACCCGCCGCACUGCGGGCAGGCCAAUGACAAUGGCAAGAUCGUCAGGGUUGGCGACGUGUGUGUGAGCCCCGUGUCCGUCAACUGGGUGUGCAAGAAGGCCAGCUGGGGGCAGCAGGCGGCGGGAUACCCAAACCAGUGCUUCCGGCCGGGCGAGGCGGCGGGGCCGGAGGCGGCGGCGCUGUACGGCGACUGCAUCUUCGGGCCGGACAAUCUGGAUGCCAACCUCGCCCUCAGCGACGCCCUGCUCUCCGCCGCCGCCUCCCCCGCCGCCCGCUCCUCCACCCCCCGCCGCAGCCCGCUGGUGCUCGCCACCGAGCGCCGCUACUGGGAGCUCAUGGCGCAGGGGACGGGGGCGACCUACCCGGCGGUGGAGGGCGGGGUGGCGCCGGCGCUGUGGGACUACUCGCAGUGUGCGGAGGUGGAUGGGCAGUUCUUCUUCACCGGGGCCCCCUGGGAGAUCAAGGCACGCGACUACGCCGCAGAGGCCAUCUCAGCGGCCCUGGGCUUUGGGAGCAGGGGCAACAGCAACAGCAACAACAGCAGCAGCAGGGGGACGACCGCCGGUAGCAGGGGGCAGCAGCAGCAGCAGCUGGGUGCGGACCAGGUGAUUGCGGUGUCCGCCAUGGAGGGUGUGGGGGUGUCGGAGGCGCUGCUCAAGUACCACCGACUGGACUCCACCCCCCGCCGCAUCCCCUACACCAGUGUGCGCACCGCCUCCAAUUGGGUGCACCCGCCGCUGGGGAAGGUUGGCGAGGGGGAUGUGUGGGGUAUCUUCGCCGAGUUGCCCGAGGACUACGUGAACGGCUACAAGUACGCCAUUGCGACCGGGUCGGCCACCAUACUGUCGCUGUUCCAGCAGCGGUGCCGCGGCAGGGGGGAGGAGCAGGGGCGCAGCGGGGUGGGGCCGGCAGGGGGGGAGGGAGGGCAAGGGCGACAAGGGCAGCAAGAAGAGGGGCUGCGACAGCAACAGGAACAGCAGGUGCAGCAGCAGCAGCGGCAACAGCGACGAAGGAGUUUAUUGUCCGGGUUGUG